GGAUGUAAACAAAACAUUCGUAAUGAGCAUGCCCAACUGUCAAGUACCGCCCUUUUUGUUGUUGUUGUUCUAGUUAAUCGAACGAAUGUGUAAUGUGCACUGUACAUAUACAUGCAUAUGUUACAGUAGCUGUACACGAGUUUUACUGGAAUAUCUACGUUGGCAUUGCGGGCGUAACUGCGUGUGAAUAUCAAGUUGAUAUUAUAAGAUUUAGGAUUACAUGGCUUUACGGACGUAAUUAUUGAAAUAUGGCUGAAGCAGCCCCAGAAUGGAGAAUUCUGCCAUUUAAAUCAAAAUCUUCAACCAAAGACAAAGCUACAAGAAAAAGAAUAGAACUCGACUUAAGAAACUCGGAUUAUUUUCCUGCAGAAGGACACUGCUAUCUAAAACUUAAUUCCAAUGAUAACGAGUCAACUCUAUUGUAUUUUGGGGGAGCACGUAGAGUGCAAGAAAGUGAAUGGAAGUAUGGUAAUGACUUAUUCCAUAUAACAUUUAAGUAUGACGAAGAUGAUGCUUACAUUAGCCACAUUCAAAGGUUCGAGAAUAUUUUAGGGGCACAGUUUCCUAGUUUACAGUCUGCGAGCGCUUGGCUUGACCAACAGACAGUUUUUGUAUGGGGUGGAUUAAAUACUGAUACAUUUGACACUAGCAAUGAACUUAUCAAAUUGGAAUUCGUCAGAAACAAGUAUCAGUGUACAAUUUGCCAACCUGCUGGUAGAGGUGUACUGAGUAAAGACGUCCAGAGGGGUGAUAUACCGACUGGCAGAACCGGUCACACUAUCACACCGUUGGGUGAUAAUAUAGUAGUAAUGCAUGGCGGAGUAUCACUACCCAACAGACAUACGACAGGCCUUGUCAGUCCCUUUACUCAAGUUUGCAAUGACGGUUCUUUCUAUGAGUUUGAUUCAUCCACAUAUUUAUGGACAAGAAUAAAAAUAUUCCAGAUGUAAGACCGAGAGCCUAUCACACUGCGAAUUUUGUGACAUUGUCAGGUACAAAAUGUGUGAUUAUAAUAGGAGGUGUGUCGUUCAAAGGGAACGAAUCUGUACCAUUAGAAAGACUUCCAAUAAAUGAACUUUUCAUUCUGAAACUGCAUAACCUUACUGAACAUAGAUACACUUUAGACAAGAUAACGGCUAAACUUCAAGUAGACAUAUUUAUUUCGUACCAUAGCAUCGUUGCGCUAAAUAAUAAACUGAUUGUCACUGGAGGGUACGCUCAAAAGGAACCUGAGAUGACUGAUACUCCUUUAACAAGUAACAAGUUGUACACUAUAGAUUUGCAGUCUUUGAACAUUGACACUACAGAGUUAGACACAUGGCACUGCACUGCAGGAAAUUCAAGUUUUGCUUUGUCAGAUGACUGCAUUAUGGUUGUUGGAGGAUCGGCUGAAAAUAUUUUUGCAUACACUACCAAACCACUGCGACCAAGUUCGUGCGAUUUAGAUGAUGAAUGUUGUAUUUUUGAAUCUCCGGAAAUUUCACCUAUAGCAUGGGUUCAGUGCGAAAGCAAAUGCAAGCGUUGGUUACAUCAAUACUGUGUGGGUCUCCUGGAAAAAGGUGUUCCUAAAGGAAAAUAUACAUGUACAACAUGUAAAGCCAAAGGACGAAAAAGGAAAAAAUGAUGUCAGGAAAACAAGCACUUUCAGUAAAAUUUUUAUUAAAUGAACCAUUACUACAAAAUAAACCUUGACUUGUGUUCUUUGUUUUGCUGACGGGUGUUCAACCAUGAACACAUUAAUGUCCUCGUUUUGAUUUAACAAUUUCGUGUGGCCAUUAAUUCGUCUUGAAUACACUUAAAUAAGUAACGUCAUGGUAUAAUAUUACAAUAUUACAACAAUGUUUCCAUACAGUUUGCUUUAAAAUAUUGUGAAUUUCAAAAUUGACGAAUAAAGAUAGGAAUUUGAAUGAAUCGUUACGUAAAAAUAUCUGCAAACAGGACAUUCUAGGUUCUACUUGCAUAUAAAAAAGCAUAUAAUAUGAUAAUGAAAUAAAGAAAAUGUUAACUGCGUUACGAGAAAACCAGUAUACUGCAUUUGCGACUAGCAUGAUCCGAGAUCAGCCUCCGCAUAGGUGCAGCUCUAUCAGGAUCCAUACUGUUCGCUAGAAAGUAUUCUACCAAUUAUAGGGUUUGAAAUCGAAGAGUAUGGAUCCUGAUCAAU